AUGUUAGAUUCUUCUUCGCCUCACUCUGCAUCACAACCAGACACAAACUGUACUUUACAACGAUGUGAUGUGAAUUGGAAUAAUAGUAAUCUUUGUCGUGCAGAAUCAAUAGCUUGUUUUGAUUAUGUUACACAAAACAACACUCAUUACUGUGCACCUGGUGUAUUAUGUUCUGUGCUGGAACCAUGUAACGGCUUUACUUGUGCAUCAAAUACUGCUGUAUGUGUAGUUAACACAUGCUGUUCACCACAAGCAGUAUGCUUACCAGUAUCAUUAAUGAAUUUUUGUAGUCCAGUAACUAUAUGGGUUCUAUAUGGUGAACAUCAAGAGAAACUUGAAAAGUCAUGA